AUGUGGGUGAAUAGCUGGUUAUUAACUCUUUUUAUCGGAUUACCCAUAACCAUUGGUUUAUUGACACCAUUAGAGGACCCAAGUGCAUCAGACAAGUAUUUAAUAAGCUACGUAACGCCAGAGUAUUGGCAAAUAGCUAUAAGGAACAAUGCAAGUGCACUUGCCGAGGGCUAUACAUUGGAAAUUGGUGAUGGAUUGUCAUGUUACGUACGGCAACAGGGGUCUAAUGAUACAUCUAGUGUGAAGAGACAUAGAAGUGAACUAGAAUUUGAAAAACUGCUGGAAGAUAAUUUACAAAGAGGAGUGGAUAUUAUUCUUGAUGAAAUCAAGGAAUGUAUUAGGUUUAUGAGUGGAUUCUGGACUUACGAUUAUUGUCCCAAGAUUGGUCUUUCACAAUUCCACGAUAAUCCGCAAAAUACGCUGUCCUAUGUUUUAGGUAAAUUGAAAGAAUCUAACCAAGAUAGAGAAUUCCAACUUCUUUAUAACAAUUUCGAUUAUUAUAUCAGUGAAAUAGUGGGAUCUGGUGAUGUGUGUGACGUAACGGGGAAUCCUAGAGUCGUGGAGAUCCAAUACGUAUGUGGGACUGCCGCUCGUUCUGCAACUAUUCAAUGGAUAAAAGAAGUUAAGACUUGUUAUUAUGAAGUACAAAUUGUAGUGCCAAAAUUAUGUGAAUUGGAACUUUUAUCAAGUAAUGAAGAUAAAAAAAUGUCUAACCCAGUGUUAUGUGUCGAUCAAAAACCGCCUGGAGGGACAGUAGAUCUACUAGGUAAAUAUGAACCUAUUUUUGUGGGCAGCGAUUUCUAUCUAUUAGAUCCACAAACUGGAUCUACUGAUGAUCAAAGAAAAGUUCUUUUGUAUUCUGGUAAACAUAAGGUAAAGGAUGGAUUUGUUGAGAGUGAUGCGGAACUUUAUGAAAAUAUUGGCAGUGCAUUUAGUAGGAUGUUAUACCAACAAUUGCUCAUGCCGCCGGGCGAACCUGCUUAUGAAACGGGAGAUGAAAUUUCGUGGAUCUCUGAUGUAGUCGAUUUACGUGGCAAUUAUUUGACAAGACUUCAGUUUAACUUAAGUUCAAAUGCCUUAGCAGAUAUCUCUUUGUCUAGUGGGAUUGAGUUCCCAGAAUCAGGGAAUCUUUUAUAUCAUAGACAAGGAGUUGCUCAGGAUAAGAAGAACAAUAAAUUAAAAAAUUCCCAUUCUGAAUCUCAAGUAGAAAAAUUGAAAAACUCAAGAGAAACAGAUAAAGAUGUGAAAUUGUUGGUCAUGGAUAGUACCAAUGGAGCACCUCAAUUUCUUGAUAUGAGUGACGCUGAGGAUCUUUUUGAGCAUAUAUUAACUCCCGAGCAGCUUGAAGCAGUAUUUAAAGAGCAAGGUGUCCUUGGAGAGUUUGAAACUCUUGAAGAUAUUGCAAAAUAUGUUGGUACAACAGAAGAACAAGAUGACGAAAUUCAAUUCGCCUUCAACGCUCCUCGAGAUGAACUUAGACAGGCAGGUACUACUGAAGUUCAUAACCAGGGACCAGAAAUUGAGGCAUCUAAGGACCUUCAAGAAAUAGAAUCUGGCGGUGGUCAAGUUCAACAUGAUACCAAUUUGCAAGAUGAUAGACAGGAAAUUUCAGCUGCAACUCACCCCUCACAAGAAGACCAUGAAUUACAGAGUGAAGCAAGGAAUAAAAAGGAGCAAGAAUCACAGAACGAACCUCAUGACUCAGGAAAGCAUUUACAUGAUGAGUUGUAG